UAAUAGUUAAUAAAUUCAUAUUCAGGAAUUGAAUAUGUUAUUUUAGUGCCAAGUUUUAAUAUAAAGUUAUAUAGUUACUUUAAAUACUAUUAAAUUUAACAAAGACAUAAUAAUUUAAUGAUAUAAAUAUAAACGGUGCUUUCUAUGGUAAAUAAUAGAAAAACUGUAUAUUUACAUAAAUAUGUUAAAAUAGCUCCUCGGCCCUCCGACGAGAUGUCAAUCUCAGAAAUGGAGAGCUGGAGACAAUCAAAGAACAAACAGAUUCAUAACCUCACAUACAGUAGGUGGCGCUAACACGCAAUGAGUUAUCGACCAUAAAACCAGUCGAAGAAGAAGACGACGACUUCCGCUUUUACUCUGAAACUGACGACCAGCUGCGAGUUUACAUCCAUAAUACGGAUAUGAUGGAGGUAAAAGAGGAAACUGAGGAACUGAAUGAAGUAGAGGAGAGACAAGAAGAACCUCAUGAUGUCAUCACUGAGGAAAAAUCUUCUGAUUGUGUACAAAUAUCAACUAAAAUAAGAGAAACCAAACGUUCAGUCGGUUCCCAUCACCGUGGAAAGAGUUUUACAGAAAAAGGACACCACAGGGAUGACAUGAGCAUUAACAAUAAAGAGAGACGUCACAAGUGCCAGCAGUGUGGAAAGAGAUUUCUGUUUAAGAGUAACCUUUAUACACACUUGAGAACUCACACUGGAGAGAAGCCGUACAAAUGCACACAGUGUGAAAAGAGUUUUAUAUCUGCAGGAAGACUUAAGGAUCAUAUAAUAAUUCACACUGGAGAGAAACCUUACACCUGCUCUCAGUGUGGAAAGAGUUUUGCACUAAAAGCAAGCCUAAGGUCUCACGAAAGAACUCAUACACCUGCCGAAGAAAAGCCGUACAGCUGUCCUCAGUGUAAAAUGAGUUUCAUAACGAAACAACAUCUGAAGUGUCACAUAAGAAUUCACACUGGUGAGAGACCUUUCAUGUGUUCUCAGUGUGGAAAGAGUUUUGCACAUAAACAAAGCCUUAAGGACCAUGAAAGACUUCAUACUGGAGAGAAACCUUUUAUCUGCCCUCAGUGUGGAAAAAGUUUCGCACAAAAAGCAAACCUUUGGACUCACAAAGGUGUUCACUCCGGAGAAAAGCCGUACACCUGCCCUCAGUGUGGAAAGAGUUACAAACAGAAAGAUCGUCUCAAGAGUCACAUAAGAAAUCACACGGGUGAGAGACCUUACACGUGUCCUCAAUGUGGAAAGAGUUUCAUAAGAGCAGCAAGUCUUAAAACUCACCAGCGCACUCAUACUGAUAAAAAAACUUACUUGUGUUCUGUUUGUGGAGAGAUGUUUACACAGAUUGAAAAGUUAAAAAACCACCAAAAAAUGCAUACUGAUGAGAAAACUCAUGUGUGCUCCGAGUGUGGAAAAUCAUUUUUGAGAAUGACAGCUUUGAGAGAGCACCAAAGAAUCCAUACUGAAGGAAAACCAUACACUUGUACACAUUGCGGAAAGGAAUUCACUCAUUUAUGUCAUUGGAAAAAUCACAUCAGAAUCCAUACUGGAGAAAAACCAUUCGCGUGUUCACAUUGCGGAAAGAAGUUUACUCAUUUAAGUAACUUGAAAGGUCACGAGAGAAUCCAUACUGGAGAGAAACCAUACACAUGUUCAUAUUGUGGAGAGAGUUUCACUCAUUCAUCUCAGUGGAUAAGACAUCAAACAAUCCAUACUGGAGAAAAACCAUACACAUGUUCACAUUGCGGAAAGGGUUUCUUGAAUUCUGGCGAAUGGAAAAGACACGAGAGAGUCCAUACUGGAGAAAAACCAUACACGUGUUCAUAUUGCGGAAAGAGUUUCCCUGAUUUAAGUUACUGUAAGAGUCAUGAGAGAGUUCAUACUGGAGAGAAUCCACAUCAAUGUCCACUAUGUGGAAAGAGUUUCACCUUAUCAAGUCACGUAACAAGACAUAAACAAACAUGUUGUGGAAAGCAGUCACAAACCACAUCCUCAGAUUCAUAACUUAAAGAGCCAUGAAGGUCGACAACACAUUUUUUGAGAUGAUAACUAGGGAUGUCAAUUUAUGCAAUUUCCCAUAUUCGAUGAUCAUUUCAAUUAACAAUCAAUCAAUCCAAUAAUCGUAAACUGUAAUAGUGCAAUAAGUCUUUACUGCUGUGACAUAUAGCCAAUGACGUGAAAGUGUGCGUAAAAACAUCAGCUUCCUCACACAAAUAAAAAGAUUUUAUUUUGUCUAAAUAACAUGCUAGUGGGAUUGUAAAAUUAGUCAGUGUAGAUGGUGUUUUGAUAAAAUCAUCAAUUUAAACUUAUCUUGUAAUGAAACAUAAAUACUAAUAGACCAGCAUCCAUGACUUCUCAAAAUUAAUUGGUGCCACCAAAAAGGUGAAUAUGGGUUAAAAAAUAAUGUUUUGGGGAAUAUUGAUAUAUAACACUAACCUGGCAAAUCAAAGGCAAUUUUCCAUUUGGUGUCAGCAAUUACAACUUAUGAGUGGUGUCCACAGCGGAAACAGAAAUAACUAGCUGUACUCCAUGAGGGUUAGGGUUAAUUAUAUUAAUAUUAUUAGUUUAUCCAAAUUACUUGUGUGUAGCUACUGCACAGUGUUCAUCCUACGUUAAUUCCGUGAAAAUAUUCUGUAAACUGUUUAAUGUGUUGUUAUGAUAAUUAAAUGCGUUUUCAAGAUGAGAAGGACAGUAAGGACAAAUAAGUUCUGCUGGCUCAAACUUAUAUGGAAUGGGCAUCUCUGUUUUUGUUCAUUCAAGUGGCAGUUCCUCAAUUCCACAAGUAGUUAGUCAUGGCAAUCAAACUACUUUGUGUAUAUUCUGGGUGAUGAUCUGUACCCACGUUUGAAGUAAUGUUCUCCUCAAUAUCAUCAAUGUCCUUUUUACGAAAUGGCGUCGUUCCUGGAGCAGUCACCACAUAGAUAUGCGUCUAUGAACACAGCUGCUUCUAAUUUUGGCAACUAUGCACUGGUAAUGGCAUUUUACCAAGUUUUGUGUCAAAUGUUGAAAGUGUCCUUCCAAAUUUACACCAGUCGUCUUUCUCUCCAGAGUACACUGAGAAGUAGAUGUAUCUGUCCGAGAGACUGUGUUCCCCCAGAAACUUGGAAACAAUCAGUCUUCUACUUCCGUUUGAGCACGCUGGAACAAUAAAAUACAUUCUUCUGCUAGAGAAACGUCCUUUCCACAAUCUCAUUUAUUGACUCAUUGCCUAACACAACUGCUGGAAUAUAUGCAAGUGCAUUCGUUGUCCUCUCAAGGUGAAGGCACUCCUUUCCACUUUGGGCAGCGAAUUUCCUACAUUCCUCCUCCACUUCAUAGUCAUACAGUGCUGGCAAACACCUCUGUACAUGUGUGGGAAGUCUCACACCAUGAGAAUGUUUUGUUGUAAUGUACAGUCCAUUUUUUGGGUCAAUACACAACAUGGGUUCUUGUCCAGCAUGCUGCUCCCUUUCGUGUCUUUUUAAGUUUGAGAUGGUGCUAAAGUGAAUCCCACUUUCCUUGUUUAUCCAGAUCAACUUCUACAGUCUGCUUAUGAGAUUCACCUAAGAAACACAUGUAAAUAUGCACUUUUUAAUAUCAGUACAUGUAAUAAACUACUUUUAUCUCA